AUGGAUCAUAGCUUGCUGUGUGAUGAAGUUUGGCUUAUGAGUGCUCCUAAGCCAGAGAGUCAUGGCAGUAUCAGUAUUGCUCCAUUCGACACGACUGAGGAAGAUUACCAUCAAGCUUUCGCUGCAUGCCUGCAGAAAGAAGCAACUUUCUUGCCUCAAUCUGGAUACCAGCACCUUCUUCAAUCUGCCUCUCACUUGAAUUCUCUUCGACUCAAAGCAAUGCAGUGGCUUGUAAAGAGAUGGGAAAAUUCGAUGGUUGAGUUAGUGGCCAUUGCAUGCUUAUCUGUAGCCUCCAAGUUUGGUGAGACAACCCAUCCUUCUUUGCAUGAAAUUCAGAUGAAAGAUCUGGACCAUUCCUUUCAGUCUAGCUUGAUCCAACGGAUGGAGUUGACACUUCUCAAGGCCCUAGGCUGGCGGCUUGGCUCUGUAACGCCUUAUUCUUAUGUAGAACCACUGUUGAUAUGGAAUAGAGAUGCCCUCGGUUCUUCGCUAUUUGAAGAGUUGACUGCCAAACUCACUAAGCUGCUUCUGUCCACCCUUUCUGAUUCGAGGUUCCUGGAGUUUCGGCCAUGUGUCACCGCCAUUUCUGCGCUAAGAUGUAUCAUCGAGGACUCUGCUCCAUUAACAAAUAAUCCUCACCUCGCCCAUGUCACAAAUCUCAUUCCAGAAGAUCAAAAGGAUUAUUUGAUCAAGUGUGAUAAGAUAAUGGAAGAGAAGCUGGUUCACCCAACUCAAAACUUAACAGCUCGACGAUGUUGCUGUUACUGUUGCUGCCCUUCGAGUUCAGUAACUUUCGUCACAAUGGAACAGGUCGAUGAAUACCAUUGCCAAUUGGAAUUGCCGCUCUUGAAGAUGCCUGCUUUUAACAUAAUCAAUCACAGAAGCAGCAAAAUGAAGAGGAAAAGGGAAUUAGAAUGA